UUCUUCCUCCCGACAUGGCACGAAGGUUUGACGGGCUCUCAACCGACCACUCUACGUCUGCGUCUCAAGGAGGAAAUUCCCUCUCUCUCUCGGAGAGCAUCCUCGACAACAUCUUUGAGCACAAGAUUGAUGGGGAAGUGUUUUUGAGUCUAAAUGAUGAAAAUCUGCGCGAAAUAGCUCCACUCCUUGGCGACCGUUUGAAAAUCAAGCGAUUGAUAUCGGAAACACUUGUGAAACUGGACACUUGCCUUCAGCCAGUGCGCUCGGCUUUGUCGGCUCUGCCUUCAGCCAGUGCCCUCGGCUUUGUCGGCUCUGCCUUCAGCCAGGAAGAUGAUGAUUCUCUUCCUGAAAGGUGUAAUAAAGAUGUUUGUGAGAUUAAUCAUGGAGAGCCUUCCUCACCUGGGCUACCUAAGUUGGAUUGGGCUGAAGGACUGGCACUACCAACUAGAUUUUCAACCCCUACGACGAAGGCAAUUGAAACAGGUGUUCUCACAAAGAGUGCCCGUGUCGAGAUUGUCCAUUCUGUGGCGACGUUGAUGUUGAUGCACACAUCCCGCCCAACACCACAUGAUCUUGACACAGUCUCAAGGCGGCUUAUCGUGAAGCAUCCAAAACUACGGGACACUGUCGACAAAGGAUAUAUGUUGAACGAGUUCUGUUCGCUCACUGGGGCAGAAGAGUGCAAGUUCAAGGAGAAUUGGGGGAAGUAUGAAAAGCUUGUGUUCAAGUAUGCACCCCUCGAGCAGAAAAAAUCACUCAAAAUCUUCUGCAUCAGUAUCAUGCUGAGGAGUGUGACAAUGCUGGUAGAUAGAACUGCAGCUUACACUCUGGACUUGCUCUGGGCUCUAUUGUCUACUAACCGGUCGAGUGGACAGCCGCUUAUUUCUAUCUUUGAGGUUUGUGUAAUAAUUUCUUGUGCACAUAAUAAUAUACCUAUACAUACUGGUAGGUGGCGAGGGAGAGUGAGCCAACAACACACAAACCUACCAGCUGUAGUACAGAGAGCAGCUUAUGUAUUAUGCAUAAUUAUGUAGCAGCACGAAAGUAUGAAGACAGAAUAUAAGCAGCAGUAGGUCACACCCGCAUAUGUUAGCACAUGUAGCGCAGGCUUUUCAAUGUGUGAUGUGCCAUUUCGCACAGUAUGUGACAGUGCCUGUAGAGAAACUAUGUAGGGCCACAAGCGGACAACUCGCCCUCCCUCGCCAAUGUAUGUAAUUACUUGUGUACAUUGAGACGAGACAUGUAUGAUAGUACUAUCUGCAUUUGUUUGUGUAGGGGGAAUCAUUGGAUAUUGAAGAAUGCAUUGCCGGCCUCAACACCACAGCUCCAUGCAUUGCUGCAUUUGGCGUUACACGUGACAAUAUAGCUGAUGUAAAGGUUAUUGUUGAAACUGAUAAUAUUUUACCUGUCAAUACUUUGUCAACCUCUAUUCAUGUUUGUUUUGCGUGUUAUUAUAUCUUCAAUAUUUCUUUUCCUCCCUCAUAUAAGCACAUUCUCCUUUUUUUAGAAAAGUAUGUUUAUGGUUUAAAAUCAUCGCAAAAACUUCCCAUGUCUGUUGUUCUUGUACAUGAUGGGAUGG